AGAGAGAGAGAGAGAGAGAGAGGCUUUGUAGCUUUGGAUGAAUUUAUCUUCCUCUUUCUUUGUCUCACCCAACUCUCUGAACUUGUAGUCUGAUCAACGGUCCUGAUUAAAUAAUGUACAGAAAGAGGGCCGCCCUUCUUACCGCCAAAUCGAUUGCAGCUUUCUCUCAGGUAAGCCCUUCUCCAUUCUUCCAUCAUCCUAGACGUCUGAUCUCUUCAAAGAACUAUCUAGAUUCUAUUAAAACCCUAGCUUUAGUCAGACACAUUAGCACUGCUGCUGAAAGAACAGAUUUUCAAAUAGAUCCUCACGUUACAAAAGAAAACCAUAGAUUAGAAUCCCAACACAGCCCAAACGGGUUUCAAGUAGAAAAUCCCAUAGAUUCCCCUAGAAAUGGAUUUCAGCAGAACCUCGAUGGUUUUUACAGAGAAAACCCUAGGCAGCUAGAAUUUCAGCAGAAUCCUAAUUGGUUUUACAGAGGAAACCCUAGGCAACAUGAAUUUCAGCAGUACCCAAAUGGGGUUUACGGAGAAAACCCUAGGCAGCCAGAAUUUCAGCAGAGUUCCAAUGGGUUUUACGAAGAAAACCCUAGACAACCAAAACUUCAGCAGAACCCAAAUGGAUUUUACAGAGAAAACCCUGGGCAGCAAGCAUUUCAGCAGAAGCCAAAUGGGUUUUACAGAGAAAACCCUGGACAGCAAGAAUUUCAGCAGAACCCAAAUGGGUUUUAUGCUGAAAGACCAGAAUUUCAACCAAGAGAAAAUAUUAUUUACAAGGAAAAUCCUAGGCAAGAAUUUCGGCAAAACCCGAAUGGGAUUUAUGGAGAAAUUCCAAGGCAAGAAUUUCCGCAGAAUCCGCAGAACCCCUGUGGACUUUAUGGACCGACUCUUGUAAAUACUCCACAAGCCCGUUCAUAUGGGUGUUAUGGAGAAAACCAAGGAGAGUUUCAGCAAAAUACAAAUGGGUAUUAUGGAGAUAGCCCUAGGGAUUUUCACCAAAAUCCAGAUGGGUACUGCAGAGAAAACCCUAGAGCAAAUUUCCAGCAGAGUCCACGUAGGGUUUAUUGCGGAAAUCCCAGGGAAAAUCAGCAGAGUUCAAAUGGGUUUUAUGAACCGAAGCCUGCAGAGUUUCAGCAGAAUUCAAAUGGGUUUUAUGAACCGAAGCCUGCAGAGUUUCAACAGAAUUCAAAUGGGUUUUAUGAACCGAAGCCUGCUGAGUUUCAGCAGAGUUCAAAUGGGUUUUAUGAACCGAAGCCUGCAAAGUUUCAGCAUAACCCAAAUGGGAAUUGGAGGGAGAGUCCGAUAGAAUUUCAGCAAAACCGAAAUGGAUUUCAGAGAGAAAUGGGUGGGUCUCUUGUGGCAGGUGAUGGCAGACCUGAUAAAAAAGCAGUUGAAACGGAUGGAAGUAAUGGGUUUAAGGGCACGGUCAAUGAACUGGAUGAUUUUUGCAAGGAGGGUAAAGUGAAGGAAGCUGUGGAAGUUUUGGGUUUGCUAGAGCAACAAGGCACUUUUGUGGAUUUGCCGACAUAUAUGCAUUUAUUAGAGACGUGCGGUGAUGCUAAAUCUCUAGAACAAGCGAAGAUUGUCCAUGACCACAUCUCAAGAUCUAUGGUUCAAGUUGAACUCUGGGUUUAUAACAAGAUCUUAGAGAUGUACUCCAAAUGCGGUUCGAUGGAUGACGCUUACCAUCUCUUCGAGAAAAUGCCUGAGCGGAACUUCACCUCUUGGGACACUAUGAUAACGGGACUUGCAAACAAUGGUCUUGGUGAGGAUGCCAUUGAUAUGUUCAGCCGGUUCAAGCAGGCAGGUCAGAGGCCAGACGGGCGUAUGUUUCUUGGGGUCUUUUCUGCAUGUAGUGUUCUGCAUGCAAUCGAUGAGGGAAUGCUGCAUUUUGAAUCAAUGAGCAAGGACUAUGGUAUUGUCCCUGCCAUGGAGCAUUAUGUGGGUGUUGUAGAUAUGCUUGGGAAAGCGGGUUAUUUGGAUGAAGCCAUGGAAUUCAUCGAAAAGAUGCCUGUUGAACCAAGUGUGGAUGUUUGGGAAACUUUGAUGAACCUUAGUAGGGUCCAUGGAAACAUGGAACUUGGUGAUCUCUGUGCUCAGCUUGUUGAGAACCUGGACUCCUCCAGGCUAACAGAACAAUCAAAGGCAGGUCUUUUGCCCGUUAAAGCUUCUGAUCUGGCAAAGGAGAAAGAGAAGAAGAAAUUGUCGGCGCAAAAACUUCUAGAGGUCAGAAGUAGGGUGCAUGAGUAUAGGGCAGGAGACACGUCCCACCCUGAAAAAGACAAGAUUUAUGAACAGUUGAGGGGCCUGAGUGGUCAAAUGAGGGAGUCAGGAUAUGUGCCAGAUACAAGAUUUGUCUUGCAUGACAUAGACCAAGAAGCGAAGGAGGAAGCUUUGCUCUAUCACAGUGAGAGGCUGGCUAUUGCCUAUGGCCUCAUCAGCAGUCCGACUCGUUCUCCGAUUCGGAUAAUUAAGAAUCUUCGUAUUUGCGGUGAUUGCCACAAUGCAUUGAAGAUAAUAUCAAAGAUUGUUGGUCGGGAACUCAUCGUGCGAGAUGCAAAGCGGUUUCACCAUUUCAAGGAUGGGCUGUGUUCCUGUAGGGAUUACUGGUAGAGAGAGAACAUAUCCAUACUUCUGUGACCAGAUUUUCCCAAUUCUUUUGCGAGAAUAGGCUUGAUGAAUGUUAGAAUUUUUUAUAGAACAUUCAUGGUUUGCAUACCAUGCAUAAAUUAUUAAUGAUGCUAGACUCAUGUACUAAUGAGAAAUUAUUCACGAUGCUAGGCUUAUAUAUCAGUGAGAUUGACAUGAGUAGUGAUCCAGGUUGAAACAACACCAUCCAUUCUUGUUAAGCAUACAUUGUAAGGCUUGGCUUACCCUAGCUUUGAAAGGAUUAUUUGCAUUGAUAAAUGUUCACUUCAAAAGCUCUGUUUA